AUGUUCACAAACUUGACAAUCAAGGCAACAUUACAAGAGACUGCCUUGGACUAUAAAAGCAAAAUGAAUCCGGGUGAACAGGGCCAAUGGAUCCCGGGCAACCAAACAUCACUUAUCAGCAGGCUCACAUCACGAAGAACAUCACCUGCUACAGUUCUGGAGCCGGAGAAACAACCAAGCUUGCAUCGUCAGGCCCAAUUAUACUGGUCCAAAGGAAUUAGAAUAUGGAACUCAGAGUCCCACAAGUAG